AUGCCGAAAAUCUCUGGUGGAGAUGUCGUCGAGAUGCAGGGAGACGAGAUGACCAGGAUCAUCUGGGAUCUGAUCAAGGAGAAGCUGAUCUUCCCAUAUGUCGACCUCAACAUCCACUUCUUCGACUUGGGUAUGGAGCACCGCGAUGCCACCGACGAUCAGGUAACGAUCGACGCUGCCAACGCAACGCUCAAGUACAACGUGGCCGUCAAGUGCGCCACGAUCACCCCCGAUGAGGCUCGCGUCGAGGAAUUCAAGCUGAAGAAGAUGUGGCGCUCGCCGAACGGCACGAUCAGGAACAUCUUGGGCGGAACCGUCUUCCGUGAGCCUAUCAUUUGCAAGAACAUCCCCCGCCUGGUCACCACCUGGUCCAAGCCCAUCAUCAUUGGCCGUCACGCGCACGCCGAUCAGUACAAAGCCACCGACUUUGUCGUUCCCGGUGCCGGCAAGCUCGAGGUGCGCUUCGUCCCCAAUGGCGGCGGCGAGGAGAUUGUCCACGAGGUCUUCCAGUUCAAGGGCCCUGGUGUUUCGCUCUCCAUGUACAACACCGAUGAGUCGAUCGCCGACUUUGCUCAUGCCUCGUUCCAGUACGCCCUCCAGCGCAAAUACCCGCUCUACCUCAGCACCAAGAACACGAUCCUGAAGAAGUACGACGGGCGUUUCAAGGACAUCUUUGCCGAGAUCUACAAGAAAUAUGAGGCCGACUACAAGGCGGCCGGCAUCUGGUACGAGCACCGUCUCAUCGACGACAUGGUCGCCCAGGCCAUGAAGAGCGACGGAGGCUUCGUGUGGGCCUGCAAGAACUACGACGGGGAUGUCCAAUCCGACUCUGUGGCUCAAGGGUACGGCUCGCUGGGCCUGAUGACCUCGGUGCUGAUCUGCCCCGAUGGCAAGACCGUCGAGGCCGAGGCCGCUCACGGCACCGUCACCCGCCACUACCGUCAACACCAGAAGGGCCAGGAGACGAGCACCAACCCCAUCGCCUCAAUCUUUGCCUGGACCCGUGGAUUGGCCCACCGUGCCAAGCUCGACAACAACGCCGCCCUGGCCACCUUUGCCACCAACCUUGAAGCCGUCUGCGUCGAGACCAUCGAGGAGGGACACAUGACCAAGGAUCUGGCCAUCUGCACAAAGGACGGCCGUGCCGACCUCGUCAAGCGCACCGACUACCUGAACACGUUCGAGUUCCUGGACAAGCUGGCCGAGAACCUCUGCAAGAAGCAGAACCAC